UCGCUGAUCUAUAUUACAAGUGGCAUGGCUUCAUAGUAAAACUUCAACAUUGAAUGUGUAAGACAUAUCAGCGCAAGAAGUUCGAAAAGUUGAAUUCUUUGAACCCUGCAGCUUGUCUAAGCAGACCCGCCCACCGACCACAUUGACUGAAAUACUUUUAUGAACAGCACGCAUGUGACAACUUCAGGUCAGCGGAUGAUUUAAAAAGCAAGAUGGCUUCCACGUUGGGAAAGCGCCUGGUAGCCUGUCUGCUCAACGUGUCUGAAGCCCGUAGAAAGGACCUGGUUGUAAAGAUAGCCCAGGCAGCUAUCACAAACAACAAUGGAGGUUGGCGAGUGGGGACUACAGUUCUCAACAUCUUCAAUGACUUUGACUACAACCGCUCAGUCAUUACAAUUGUCGCAAGCAUUGACCACAUCAGGGAGGCUGUGUUGUCUGCAUGUGAGCAGGCUUGUGGCCUUAUCGAUGUGAGCAGCCACUCCGGGGCUCACCCCUGCAUGGGUGCAGUUGAUCUAGUGCCACUGUACCCCCUUGGAGAGGAGGUGGGCUUGGAAGACUGCGCCAAAGAAGCCAGAGCCCUGGCCUCUGAGUUGACCCAGCAAGUGGUUGGGACCAGCACAUUCUUUUUUGGCUGGGCUGAUAUGCCCCAGAAGCGGAGUCUGGCCCAGCGAAGGAAGGAGAUGGGCUGGUUUAAAAAGCAUCCAGACACGUCAAUCAUCCAACCAGAUGUCGGACCAUCACCUCAGAAACGAUACGGCCUCACAGGUGUUGGGGCUAGUCCCUACGUGAUGAACUGUAACGUGACCAUUGGCACUGAGGACCUGGCCCUGGGCCGCCGCGUGGCAGCUGCUCUCCGGGAGUCCAACCCCAGUGGGAUCCCAGGUGUGCAGGUCCUCGCCUUGCCCCACGAGGGGGCUGUGGAGAUUGCCUGCAACGUGGAGAGUGUUCAGGGUGUGCCCCCCUCUUGCUCUGGAUCGGGCGGAGGAGACCUCUGGCCCUCUUUCAACAUCGGGGGCCAGGUUUACUGCCACGCACCCCCUUCGCUCAUCACGGCGCGGGUGGCAGAGUUGGCAGGGCGCGAUGGCGUGGCCACAAAGGGGACUGCCCUGGUGGGCUUCACCCCACGUGAGUGCCGCGGCCUGGCAGAACGGGCUUUGUCUCUCGGGAUUGGUGAAUUCUGGAAGGAACAGAGAAAACUGCACAUGUGAUGAGUAAUAGGGGUCUCCAUCUUUGCAAGGCCAAAAUGGAUUGUUUAGACUCGGUUUACUGGAAUGACCAAAAUCGAAUUACUCAUCAAGUGGGCAAAGCUCAAACAAAGGCAAAAGACAAAAUAAAACGAGUUUCAUGUAGAAUAAUACACCGUGUUUACAAGUUAAUCAAUCAUCAGUAUUCAUUUUUAUCUGUGUUUUUAUCUCUCACUUUUAAAUGAGCCUUAGCGUCAGACCUGCGAAUUAAAUGUCAUUAUCCAAAUACUUUUACACCUAUGGUAAACAUCGGCUUCUUUGAAGCCAGGGAAGCAUGCCAGUCCACAUGCAACAAAGGGUGUGUGUUUUAUGAUCUUAUUUUCUGGCACAGAUGUUGUAAUGCUAAUGAGAGGCUAUUCACUUUACCAUGAUUGCGGGAGAGCAGAAUACUGCAGGUGACUGACCUGAACAGUUCUGGUUUGGGUCCAAGCAUAAUAAGUGUGAUCUUAACUAUUGUUUGUCUGGGCUGUUACUCUGAUCAUGAUAUUCCCAAGAAUAUUUGUUCUGGAACAGUGUUCUUCCAAAAAAAUGUUUUAUUACUGUUAGUAGUAAUGAAUGCACUGUUUCAAUAAUAAUUCAAUAAACAUGAAGGUUACCAUCAUUAAGCUUGGUGGAUUUGAAACGUAAA